AUGACAGGCGCGCUCGCGUCACAAAAGCAGGCGCUACUCUGGAUUCUUUGUGUGCUUUUGAUCGCUGCAGCUGGAGAGGACAUUGCUUGUCCAAAAGGUGGUCAAAUCGACUUGUCCAGCUUGCGAUGCUACUGGGUCUCUGAGAUGACAUCGUCGUGGUCUGAGGCACAGGAUUCAUGCAGAAAGACUCCAGGAGGGGAUCUAGCAUCUGCUGAAAGCCUGAAGCUGCAAAACUUCAUCCACUAUUCCUUUCCAAUGAAAACCACUGUGUGGGUAUGGCUGAAGGGAUCAGAGGGAUAUCUGUCCGAGCAGGCUGAGGUUGUGGAGCCCGUAAGUCCUGCAUGGUGGGCUGGAGUCAGUGAGAGGGGGUGUACUCAGAUGGCCUUGGGGAUACUGGGACAGUGGAGGAGAGCACAAUGUGCUGGACGAUACUUCUACCUGUGUGAAAAAGAAGUCACUGAGGCUUUACCAUCUAUGGACAGUUACCUGACUGGAUUAGUUCUCAUGACCGGCAUCUAUGCUCAAACCCAGUUAAAUCCCCUUCUCAGCAUCCCAGACACUGGACAACGCACAGUGGAGGCGCAGCUUUUCCCAGGCUUGUGGUUCAGUCAUGCAGGUCAGUUGGUAACAGUGGAGCUGGUGGUCCAGCCAAGCCCACUGUUAUCUCUGGCCCGUGUUCAGAUCCUCCGACCCUACUGUGACCCCAACCACCACCUGGUACCUCCAGGUUGCAGCUCUCUCCUUAAUCCAUUUAGCUGCUGCUCAGCAGUACCACUGUGCAACACUACAGGGGGCUGCAGCAUGGGGCAGUACUGGUGCCACCUGCUGGAGGCCUGUGUGCCCACCACCAGUCCAUGCAGCCCCUACGACUCUGCAGCAGGGGGCCGCGGCUUUGCUUUACCUCCCAGAUACUCCGCAAUACCACCCUUCUACCACCUGGUGGCAGACCUGCCUCUGAGAAUAAACCCUAGCUCUGAACUGAAAACUAUGAGCCUGCGUCUUCCAGAUCCAGCAAUCAUGGUGUACCCUGACGAUAUUUUGGCUAUACAGCACACUCGCGACUCUGGAACCUUCCUACAUUGCCUCAACAAUGAAGCCUCGCUAAACUCCUCCUGGCGCCAGAGUUACCUGUCUCUUAGAGGGGCAAAAUGGGGGGGCUGGUGGCAGGGAGGCCUUCCUACACUGUCCCAAGGAGGCCAGUGGGUGGAUGGGGUGGUGUGUGAUCUGAGGGUGCUGUACAUGGACACUCUUCACAGAAGCACAGAGCUCGAUGAUAUCUUUGACUUAACCCACACAGAGGCAACCAAAGCUCCUGAUAUUAGGCCCCUGACUACAGGUCCUCCUCCUCUGAGAUCUAAAUUUAGGCCUCAUGUCAUCCACCCACUGCCGGAUGAAAAGAAUCAAAUUCAUGUUGAAAUCAACGUUCCAACAAUCAUUGUAGUAAAGGUCCUGUCUGGACAGAAAGCCAGUAGCUCAUGGUCAGCCCCAGUACUCCAAACUGGGGUCCCCUUUCUUCCAUCUUGCCCCGAAGAGGUGGUUCCAUCUUGGCCUGGCUGUAAGAAACAGUCCCUUGAAGACUGGUUCUCCUCUGUGACUCUCCUGUUUCCCUUAGUGGGGGUUCAGACUUUGAACAUCAGUGUGAUGGACGCAGUAAGCUCUCAGAGUCUGCAGAAUGUGAGUGUGAAAGUUUUUGGCUACGAGGCAGUGACAGGGCUUAGUGUUGAGCCACACGGAUGUCUGAGGAUGAUAGUAGACAUGACACAGUCAUUUACAGCCAAAGUGGAGGGUGGUUCCUCAGUAAAAUUCACAUGGGUUAUUGACAACCUGGAGAAAUUUGCCUAUGAAGGAGAAUCUUACAGUGUAGUGUUCAAGAAAUCUGCUGAGUAUAAGCUCAGGAGCCAGCAGCUCUUCCUAACUGCUGAUGAAAUGACCCCACUGGCUGAGCCAGAGUUCCUGUUUGUCAGGGAGGUCGUAGCUGUGAAUGCUACACACCUCUACACCCUCAGGGUCAAAGUGGACAUCUCCCUGCCAGUCACCUUCAGGUGGGAUUUUGGGGGCGGCACUAGAAAGGUGAACCACACCCAGUCUGCUCCAUGUCAGACUAUGGAAGGGCUUGUGGAGAGAGGAGAGAAGCAAGUGUAUGUCCAGGACUCAGUAAACUAUACCUUUUCCAUUCCAGAUCACUACACACUUCAUGUCCAAGUCUCUAACCAAUAUGACAAUACUGGCGCAUCCAUGAAGAUUAACGCCCGCCCUGAGUUAAGUCACAUCCACAUUUCCUCUUCCCCCCCAGUGCCCCUUGUUAAACAUACACUUCUUCUUGAAGCUUCUGCAGAGCCCUCCACUCAUGCUGUCUUCUACAAAUGGGACUUUGGCGAUGGCUCCCAAACUUUCCAAGGCAUCCAGUCUAAAGUGCGUCACACUUUUGGUUCUGCUGGGCUUUAUAAUGUUACAGUGUGUGCCAACAACACUGUUACUACCCUGACCACCUGGCUCAUCUUGGAAGUUAUGGAGAAAAUCUCUGGAUUAACCAUUAGCUACAGUGAACCAAGUGAAGUAAGCUCUGCUACAGAUUUCAGAGCUAAAGUUGCCACUGGUACAAGUCUCAUCUGGGAUUUUGACUUUGGCGAUGGGUCCCUGCAGAGAAACCUUACAGAUGGUUCCAGCUCCCACAUCUAUAAGUCUCCAGGGAAUUACACAGUAGUUGUAACUGUCUCCAAUUCUGUCAGCAAAGCCCAUCAGUCUAUCAGGGUAGAGGUCUACAGUUUGGCUGUUAGUGGAGUUCUCCCUACAGAAUGUGUCAUAAAUGGAAAAGACAUACAUCUUACAGCUCUGGUGACUGGCAAAAUAUCCAUCCUGAUUUUCCAUUGGCAAUUUGGAGACGGAUCACCUUUGACUGUAGUGACAGGACAGUCCAAAGUUACACAUUCAUUUCCAAGCCAAGGGAUUUUUCAUGUCAGCCUGACUGUUUUUAGUUCUGUUACAUCUGUAUCAUUUAAUACUAGUAUCUGUGUUGAAUUGCCAAUAACCAACAUGGCAGUGCAGUCAUCACAGGAUGUUGUGGCAGUAGGAGAAGAGGUAUGCUUUAGGGUGUUAGUCGCCCCCGAACAGAUGACAGGUUACCAAUUUAAGUGGUUUAGCAACUCCUCUAGUCUCAGUGCCAAGACAAAAAACUCUCAGAAGUGUUUUUUCUUUAAAGAUGAAGGUGUUGAAGAGGUAUCAGUAAUGGCAAGUAAUAAAGUCAGCAACAAAACAUCCAAAGUUAGCAUCACCAUUCAAAAACCUGUGAGCAAGCUAUCUGUGGCACAUGAUAGUCAAAGUGACACACUGAAAAUCAAUACGUUAGUAUCAUUUUGGGUUACUAGUUGCACUGGGGGCAAUGUGUCAGUGCUGUGGGACUUUGGAGAUGGCUCUCCAAUGGAGCAGACGCAAAAUGCUUCACAUGUCUUUACCUCGACAGGUUAUUUCACAGUCACUGCCAUAGCAUUUAACAAGGUGAGCAGAGACUCUGCAACCCUCAAAGUGAAUGUUUUACUUCCUGUUGCAGACCUUUCACUUCAUACCAAUGAGCCUUAUGCUAUUGUAGAAGAGGAAACUCUUAUCACAGCAGUUAGUAGUGCAAUCAGUAGCACCAACUACUACUGGACUGUGGACGGUAUAACUACAACCAAACAGGGAACCUAUCAGUUUCGAUUUGCUUUCCCCAAAGCAGGAGUGUAUCAAGUGAGGGUUAUAGCUCAGAACUUGGUGAGUAGAAGGGAGGCAGCUAUUUUAAUUGAGGUCUUUGAAAGAAUAGAGGGUCUUCAGAUUGAGUGUCACUACCUGACAAACAUGAAAUACGUACCAACUCAAGAGGAACUGCUGUUUAUUGCUUCAAUCACCAGAGGCUCCAAUGUCACGUAUCACUGGCUUGCUGCACAGAGUGGAAUAAACCAAGAAAUCACUGGCGAUGGCGAGCUUUUUCAUCUGUUGGUCGAAACCCCUGGCAGGAUCUCAGUUCAGCUAAGAGCCUCAAACAAGUUGGGUCAGGCCACCAGCAUUGUUUCUGUAGUAGCAGUAGAGCGUGUAGCAAAUGUACACAUUAGAACACAAUCAAACAUUUUGGCAUUGGAGAAAUUGGUGAAUAUUUCUGUAUCCAUGGCUACCGGGUCAGACGAGGAGUACCUUUGGUAUGUGAACUCUGAUCCAUUACCCCUGCAGUCACAUGCACCCUUUCUUCUCCACACUUUUACGAGUUUGGGCCAUUGUCUUGUCAAAGUUUGUGUUCAGAAUGUCCUCAGCCAAUGUAAUGACACCAAACAGUUCAUAGUCCAGGAGGAAGUCCAAGAGGUGGACUUUGAAAUUGAAGGAAAGACACAUCCAUUUUAUAUCAACACAAGUGCUGCCAUUCCCUUCCGUGGGCUUAUUCGUAAGGGUAGUGAUUUGCACUGGGACUGGAAAGUUAGAAGUGCCAAAACCAACCUUUAUAAUGUUACUAAUCGGACAUUUAUCUACACUUUUACACAUGCCGACAUCUACCAUUUGUCUUUGAAUGUUUCCAAUGGGAUAAAUUGGCAGAUGGUUUCACACAGGGUCACUGUCCAGGAUGGAAUCGAAGAUCUUCUGCUGAACAUUAGCAAGUCUUCCCUCUGCAAUGAAGAAGAAGUUACUUUUAUUCCAACAAUCUCCAAAGGAAGCAAUGUAAGCUUUGUUAUAACAUUUAGAAAUAAAGACUGGAUUCAUAGUCAGAGCAUUCUCGAAGGGCAAUGCAGAACAUCAAGCCUUUUGGCAGGGAGACAUCUAGUUACAGUGAAAGCUUGGAACCUGGUGAGUAGUGCCGAGGUUUCCUCCAGCGUAAUGGUUACUGAGCGCAUUCAAGGUUUGCGACUUGUAAACUGUUGUUCUGCUGUUCUAGAAGCUCUGAAAGGAAUUAAUUUCAAGGCAGAAGUUCAAAGUGGGUUUUCAAUUAACUAUACCUGGAUAUUUCACUUGGUGGGGUCAAAGCCUACAUGGCUCAUGGGCCAGGAAGUGAUGUUUACUCCACCAGAGAGUGGUUCACUGUCUGUUAGCGUGGUAGCCAGCAAUGGAGUGUGCUCCCAGAUGCUGAAUGAAACCGUUUCAGUGGAGUGGCCUGUUAAGGAGAUCAAGCUUGUGUGUCAUUCAGAGAGAAUAUUUGUUGGACACACUGUAAGGUUUUCUGCAACAGUUAAUGGAGGGAGCAACUUCAGAUAUCUCUGGGACUUUGGAGAUUCCACUGAAGCAUUGGUGACAGACUUGAGUGCAGUCAAUCAUACUUAUUAUGUUGCUGGGAAAUACAGUGUUAUAGCCAAAGUUCUCAACAGUGUCAGCCACGUGUCCACGCAGCUUGACGUGGAAGUUGAGGAGCUCCAGUGUUCCAGCCCUCAAGCUUCACUAGUCCAGAGCCAGUCUACUAUCUAUAGGUCUAGACUGAGUUUCUUUGAAGCUAGUGUGGACAAUAACUGCUCUACUUACAAGACCAUCUACCAAUGGGAGAUAUUCAGAGGGUCUGAUUGUACCAAUGGGAAUGUAAAUUUCUCCAUGAACAAAGUCAUUCUUAGAAGUCAAGUGGAUGCAGCUUCACCUUUUCUCCUACUCCCAAAGCAUACUCUCAGUGCGGGACAGUAUUGCCUUGUAUUCACUGUUUCACUCCAAGGAACUCCUGUAUUUGUCCAACGAACAACUAACAUCAGAGUAGUCCAUUCCCCGCUGGUAGCCGUCAUCAAGGGAGGCUCGCACAAACUGUGGCCCAGCCUCAGUGACCUCAUCCUGGAUGGAUCUGAGUCUCAAGACCCUGAUGUGGAGCCAGGAGUGGAGGAUACCCUGGAGUAUCACUGGACCAUCAUGAGAGCAGUAACUGUGUGUGAAGCUCCUGUGCUUCCUGUGACUUUGGAAUGUGUGUCCUGUUCUACCCUGUCCUCCAGUCACCACAUCGGUAGUACCACCGCCAUCAUCCUUGCUGGACAAUGUGCAAAAUGUGAUGACCAGACUCAGUAUAAAUGGAGUGUUGAAGGCCAAACUGGCAUAACUCUUGACCUUGAUGACGUCGAUACCUCUACAGGGAGAAAUUCACCUAACUUGGUGGUACGUUCAGGUGUCCUCCAGCCAGGAAUGAGUUAUACCUUCACUCUUAACGUAUCCAAGCCUGGCAGAGGUCAAUGGGGCAGCGCCAGCCAGACUAUACUACCUAAAAAUCCACCACACGGAGGCCUGUGUGAUCUGAGUCCAGAGUCAGACUUACGUCUACUUGAGACAGUGGUCACCUUUAACUGCUCAGGGUGGCAAGAUGAGGAAAGCGAGGCUUCUCAGCUGAUCUAUACAUUCCAGGUGGCACCAUGCCAGCCCAUUAGCACUAUUUGCCCCACUCUCACUCUGUACAGGGGUACUCGUUCAACAUUUGGCAGCCUGGUACCAAUGGGACGUUCUGGGCAAGAAAAAUACAUGUCAGUUAUCACAGUCACUUUAUUGGUCGAGGACCAUCUGGGCUCAAAGGUCAUUGCUUUGAACAGAACACUGACAAUUAAAAAUCCUGCAAGGGAUGAAGUUGCCAGUCAGUGGCUCAGAAACAAGAGCCAGACGGAGCUGUGGGCUUUAGUCCAACAUGGUAACCCUCAGGAGAUCAUCCCUUAUUCCAUCGCCCUUACCAGCCAGCUCAAUCAGAUGGAGUCUGAACGGACUGCUAGGGAGCUCAUGGAAAGGAGGGAGAUCAGGGAAAAUGUGUCCCAAGCCCUGGCAUCUCUCCCCAUGUCCUCCUUGCUGGAUGUUGAUCAGAUCAGCUCAGCAUUGGCACAGUCCACUGCAGUUCCUAGUGAGUUGGUUUGCAUAGGCUGCCAGGAGAAGGUUUUGGAAGCUGUGGGGAAGAUGAUCCAUGUGAUGGAGGAACAGAUGAGUCCUGGUGUUUUAUCAGCUCUUGAAACAGGAAGAAACAUCCUUAAUGUCAUAGGUAGCACCUUGGCUGCUGUGUCUGAAUCAGCCAGUGCUUCCAGUUCUCACCCAGCCUACUCAAGCACUCCGCAGCCAGCCUCUACUAUCGCCCUGUCAGCACUGGCCCACACAGGAGCCCUAAUGCGCUCUCUGAUGCAUUCACGUGUUCAUGGCGAGGAACCCCUUUUGCUCUCUACCCCUUAUGUCAAUACAGUCGGUUUCCAAGGAGACCCCUCUGACCUCCUCUGCACUCACCAGACAAACCAUUCCAGCCAAGACCAGAUCAUCCCUUCUCAGUCAUCAUCAACUGACAGAUCAAAGAACUCUCACCUCUGUCAGUUUCAUAUCCCCACCUCGCUUACUGCCCACCUGAAGAGUCAGAGGUCUGAGGUGGUGCAGGUGCUGUUCGGUAUGGAUGGAGCACUCGAGUCCAACCUUAUGCUGAGUGCAGCUGACCCUCCAAUUUCGACCUCCCUGGUUGCAAUGGAGCUCUCAACUCCUCAAGGUCAGCCCAUACCCAUCAAGGAUCUGGACCCUGAACAGGCUAUACGGGUCACCCUGCCCCACAAACACCUUGUGGGACAGGGAGAUGAGGGUGGAGAUGGGAGAGUAGUUGAAAACAGGAAUGGGACAUGUCUUAUUGUAACACUCCCCACUGAAGGACAGUUGAACUUCAAAGUAAAAGCUGUGGAUGGACUGGAUGAAAAUGCAGGAUUAUACAUCUCCUUCAACUUCAGCCUGGUUUCAGGAGCUACUCCGGUGAGUUUGGGACAUGUCAAAAUAGAAGUGAGCUCUACAGUGCCUGGGACUAAUGCAUCCCAGGAUUCCUUUGAGAGAGAGUGGGCUCUCAGUCUUUCUGCUCCAACCACCUCCUCAGAGGAAACCGUCUUUCUGUCUCCACUCUCUGUGUGCCAGUACUACAGCGUGAAGGAGAGGCGUUGGAGCAGUAGGGGUCUACAGCCACUGGAGGGCAGCACGCUCCGCAUAGCUCAGUGUCUCACCCAGCAUCUCACCAUGUUUGGAGCCAGUUUGUUUGUUCAUCCUGGGGCUGUUGUUCUGCUGCCUCCGUCAGGUGGUCCCAUGCGUAACAUGGUGGUGGGGAUUGUGUGUGCGGUCCUGGUUCUGAUUCACUUGCUAGUGGGGCUCAUUGCCCAUAAACUGGACCACUUGGACAGCUUGAGACUGAGCCAGGUCCCACUGUGUGGCCGACCGGGGUUAUACCACUAUAGAGUUCUGGUCAAGACUGGCUCGAGGCGAGGAGCAGGCACUACAGCGCAUGUUGGCAUCAGUCUGUAUGGUGUGACCAAGAGCGGAUCUCGCCAUCUGCAGAGGGAUGGAGCUUUUCAGCGUGGCAGCCUGGACCAGUUUCAUCUGGAGACAGAUGACAAUCUGGGAGAAGUUUGGAAAAUUCGCAUCUGGCACGACAACACAGGUCUGGACCCAUCCUGGUACAUUCAGCAUGUGGUGGUGUGGGACCCUCAGACAGACCACAUGUUCUUCUUCGUGCUGGAGGACUGGCUCUCUGUGGAGAAUCAAAAGAAUGAGACUGUGGAGAGGGAAGUUCUGGCCUCGUGUCCAGAGGAGCUUACUCAGUUUGGACGGGUCCUCACCUCCCAGCUGAGGUUUGGGGUGACAGAACGCCACCUGUGGCUGUCACUGUGGGAACGUCCCCCUCACAGCCGUUUCACCAGGGGUCAGAGGGUUAACUGCAGUGCCAUCAUGCUGCACCUCUACCUGGCACUGGGGGCUCUGUGGUAUGGGGCUGUGGGCUCCAAGGGGAACAGUGGCCCAGUGUCAGCCCAGCUGCUGGUUAACGCUGAGACAGUCGCCGUUGGGGUGACUAUUGCAGUACUGGUGUUUCCUCUCCAGUGUCUCCUCUGUUUCCUGUUUAGAAAAGCUCACAGUCAGGUAAUCCUGGACAUGUCAGUUCCUCCAUCUCCUGUUUGUCACUCUGUGGAGAUGGACGUUUACCUCGGCCAAUCAGAGCUCUCCGGCCCUUCCUUCAUGUCUCUGCCAGACUCCUCCAGCCCAGUCCGAGACAGUCCUUCAUCUUUACUUGAGAGCAAGGCGUUAGACUCCAGUAUCCUGGACUUCUGGGCUGCUUCUGGCUUGGCAGCCCAGACAGACAGAGCAUGUCAAGACAAGGGUGUGGUGGCAUGGCUAUCCUGUGACAGCCUCCUCAAUCUACCAGUAGACUUAUGUCCCACCGAGAUGACCACGGCCCGUGACCCCUGCAAAGCUUCACCUACUCUGGGCCCUACACGCCAGUUGAGGAGGAAAAAGGCCCUGAUGCAGCUACACCUGGCCUCGGCCUCCUCCCCUUACACACCCACUGCUCCUGUCCCUUCACCUUGCAAAUAUCCCACUUCAAAAGAAAUUUCUCUAAACUCUAAUUACUCCCCUACUGCACCAGGCCAGGAGGUCCUCAACAUGAAUGCAAACCCGGUCCACAUUCAUAACCACAAUCUGACAACAUUUCUAACUCUGUCUGAGGAGAAUCUUCUGAUGUCUAUAGCAGCAGCAGCAGAAGACACAAGAGAUACAACCAACAGCAACUCAGACAGCGGCCGGGAUUCCCCUAGAACCAUGUCCUCAUUUUCAGCCACACAGAGCACCUCCUGCAGCACCUGGUCGGAUCAAGAUGAGGAGAAGUCCCUGUAUGGAGCAGAGAUCCACAUGCCAGAUCCUCAGUCCUGUUCACCCCUGUAUGGGGCAGCACUCAACAAGUGUUCCUCUGUGCUGUCUGUUGACUCAGUGGCCAGCACUUUCCUGCCGAGCCCUUCUCCUGACUCCACACGCUCUUCCUCUACCACACGCAUAGGUGUUGCUCGAGGUCGGCCCAGCUGGCUGCUCCCUCCCUGGGCGCUGUGUGUGAUAUACCCCCUGGCGGCUGUGCUGCUGGGAACCUGCCUGGCUGUCGUUGGACUCUAUGGCAGCUUCUUCUCCAGACCUGUAAUCCUCAUGUGGCUGGUAUCAUCUCUCUCUGCCUUCCUCACCUCCGCCCUACUGCUGGAGCCUCUCAAGGUGUGUUUGCAGGCAUUGAUCUACACAGCACUGUGGAGGCCUGUGGAUCCAGAAGUGGAGGACCAGCUGGCUCAGGAGACCAUUGUGGUGAGGCCAUUUGGACAGCAUAGUGGAAAGGUUCGACCACUAUGCGGCUACGGGCUGCUGCAGGCUAAAGAGGAGGCAUGCAAAGUCCGGGCUCUGCGAUCACUCAUGAGGCACUGUGUGUGCCAGCUGUUAUUUCUGCUGCUGGUGCUGAUGGUGAACUACCAGGAUAGUGUAGAGCAGAGGCAAGGCAGGCUGCUGUACUCCGCUGUCAGAGGCCGUCUUCACAGAGCACCCUUGGGGGUACCCAACCUCACCUCCCUCAGAGACUGGUCAGAUGCAGAGCAGUGGAUCAACUACACCUUGGUGCCACACUUGCACCAAAACCCUUCACUGCGUCUUGUAGGGUUGCCACAGCUGCAGUACACGCACACACUGGGCCACGUGGCAGGCAUCUUUCUGGGAAACAGCAGUAUGAUGACACAUCAGCUACUUGCUGACCUGCACAUGGCACACUGGAGCAAGAAGCUGUUUAAAACUCUUUCUGUUGAUUUCACACACUACCACAGAGAGUCUGGUUUAUUUGUGUGUGUGUCCAUUCAAAUACAGUGGGCUCAGACACAAAGAGCCACUCCCUUCCUCUCCAUCCAUCCACUCCUCAUCCCUUCAUCCUUCUCAGUACUGAACCUUCAGGUGGCACUUAUGGUACUUCUUCUCAUCUCCUCUCUCCUCAUUUUGUUCGGGGAGAUGUGGUCCAUGGUUACUGAGCGUGUCCAGUAUCUGCAUCAAUUCGGACACUGGUUCCAGCUCCUCCUGGCCUUGUUGUCACUGGCGACAGCUAUCCUGCAGUUCUGCUUCCUGUCUCUUGCCCUUUCAUGUGUUUCCAAGCUUCAGUUCCAGCCAGACAACUUCAUCGACUUCUACAGUGCUGCCCUUCUGGCACAGAAGUCUUCUCAGUGCGCAGCUGUCCUGCUCACUCUGCUUGUUCUAAAGGUAAAUGAGAGCCUUACUGCUAGGAACCUUAAGGUUUGUGCAGAGGUGGGUGGUGAUAGGCAGAGUGCUGCAGAGAGCCUGGAGCGAGCUGUGGGCUCUGACCGUCCUACUGCUGCUGCUGCUUAUGCUCUGCACUCACCUCGGAAACAUGUGGAAGGCUUCCUGUCUGUACACAAGGCCAGUGUGUCAGUGCUGUCCAUCCUGCGUGGCCGAAUAGCUCUCCAGAGAUUAUGCAAAGUCCACGUAGUCCUGGGACCCCUCUAUGGACUACUACUUAUGGGGGGAGGUCUCUGGUUUUUGGCCAGACUCUGUGGAGCUAUUCUUAUUCGUACAUACAGGGCAGAGCAAGCUGAUCUGUACCAUCCAACCAUUGAACCUCAGGACUAUGAAAUGGUGGAGUUUUUCAUCAAGAGACUCAAGCUGUGGAUGGGACUUACCAAGGCUAAAGAGUUCAGGCACAGGGUGAAGUUUGAAGGCAUGGACAUCCCUCCUUCCAGAUCCUCCCAGGAAUCCCGUCUUUCCACCCUUUCAUCCACCCUUCCCUCCGACCAUUCCCCUUCCCUUUCAUCUUCAUAUUCAUCACCCCGUCCCCUGUCCUCGGCUCUAUCUGUGAGGUCUGAGGACUCAUCAGUGUCCGAGCCUGGGUUUGACGUCUUACCCUACCUGGACCGCCUGGUCCCCUGUGUCAGUGUUCUGCUAUCUCGUUUUGAUCGGGUCAACCAGAUAACCGAGGAUGUUCACAACCUGGAAAUGAAGCUAGAGGAGGCUCAGACCAAGAGAAGGAAGAGGUGGAUCAGUAACAAGGAAAAAGUUGUGGAAAGAUUUGGAGAGUCAACAACAAACCCAAAAGACCUGGAAAAAGGAAUGGUAACAGGAGAGCUUAGAAACAGGAAGACAGGUCUUCUUCACCCCAAGCCACGAGUCUCCCUCCCAUCCUCCUUUUCAUUCAAUCCCUCCUCACUUCACUCCUCUGCUGCAUCAAUCAGGAUCUUUCCUCGUACACGAAGCUCCUACUCAGAGUCUGAAUCAGUCUUGCCUCAGGUGUCUAGCAACAACCAGACUUUUGAAGCAGCCAAAUCUGCAUCUGGAAUCUGUUGUUUUUAUCCUGCAGGUUCUCCUAGGUUUGGACGGUUCCCCAGGAGAAGAGCUUGGCAUUCGGGGAGCUCUCAUUCAGCUGAUGCAGCUCAGAGGGACUUUCAGUUCUCCGGAGGAGCUGUUCCAUGUGGAAAUGGAGGAAAAACUCUAGCAUACAUGAAUGCCAGACCCAUGAGCGAAGAGGGGUUAAGAAGGCGUAUCAGUGAUGGUGUCCCUGUGAAAAGGAAGGCUUGGAUUUCUGAAGGACCAGAGACUGAGCAAGACUAA